AUGAAUGAAACUAGUGAAGAUAUUAAGGACGAACCACCGUCGAUCGCAUUACCAAUCGCCAAUGUUGUUGUUGUUGAAGAUUCGAUUGCUUCUCGAACAAAAGAAAUUACUAAACGGCCGAAACGCGAACGAAGUCCAACCCUACAAGUUCAACCACCUGCACCGAAGAUAAAGAAAAUCAAAGAGGUCGCACCUAAAUUACCGGACAAAACAAAAUGGACGAUGGAAGAACAAAAACAGUUUUUCAGCGCGCUUCGAAUUUAUGGAAAAAAUUUCGAAGCACUUGGCCAAUGUUUCAAUACGCGACGUCGUCUUAUGAAUCCUGAAGCGCAAAAACGUACUUUUGGUCAGAUACGUUGCUUUUAUUAUCGAUCGUUUCGAACGGUUUCGAAACUUUGUACAUUUACCGAAGAAGAGAAAAGUAACGUCGAUUCGCUGGAAUUACGUUCUGUUCUUGCUUAUCUGUGUUUAAAACCAAAAGUCAAAUGUUUUGAUAAAAAACCAGCAAUAUCCGUGUUACAUCAAUUGAUUCGUAAUGGCAAUGCAUUUUUACGUGUUAAAGGACAACGAGAACAUGUAUCGAUUAUUGGAAAAGCUUUAAAACCGCCUAAGACAGGAAAUACACUCGGUUCAGCAAAACAAUCCGAUCGAACAUUAUCGAAACAUGUGAAAGUUGUACUGAGUCCAGCAUCACCCUCAGCUUACAUGCGUGUCGCAUUAUCAUGUCGAUAUCCUCAUGUCGAAGUUCUAUUGUCACGAACGACGACAAUCAAUGAGUUAAUUGAUAAAUUAACUCAAUAUUGGCAAUUGAACACUCAUGCUCAAUCUUUAGUCAAAGAAGAUUUAUCUCUCGAGCAACUUAUCUUAUAUCCUCAUGGAUCGCAUCUAUUAUCAACUGAUUCUCCAGUUGUAACAAAUGAUUCGACGUCUCUACUUGAUCUUUCAUCAGCACGUAAGCCAUCCAUACCGAAUUCGGAUAAACAAUCUCGUUCACGAUCAGAUUCUGAACAUUCAGCCGAACCGUUAAUGGAGCAUUCGUUAACUUUGCAGACAACAGCUCGUAAACGAAAUAAUUUAUCGGAAAGUGAAAUACCAAAUGAAUCUACGAUUGUUCCUACUUCAUCGAUUUCUCCAUCAUCGGCUCCAGCAACACCAAUUCCUCAACCACCCCCUACAUCGUCGUCGUUAUCGACAUCAUCGUCAUUACUAGCAAACAAUAAAUCAAACUUAGCACGAACAGCUAUUUUACUUGCUGCUAAACGAGCCGCACAUCAUAAUAAUCCAUCAAAUGCCUAUGAUGGAUCUACUUUCACACUUAUCGAUGGAACAGAAGAUGAAGCCGAUAGUAGUGCUGGCUUAUUCAAACAACGAUUAGACACUCUUGAUUUCACUGAUGAAUUUCCGUCGGAGGAUGAAAUCGAUCCCGAUACGAAUACAGCCGCAGCAUCAAUUACUCCAACGGCACCAACAACUUCGUCACCAGUUACUCUAACGGACAUAUCCCAAGGCAUGACUCGAGUUAAUAACAUUUAUUCAACAUUAACGAUUGGUGAAUUACAAAAACUGCUACAACGUCCGAAAGAACUUCGACUUACUUAUGAUUUCAAUAAUCUUACCCGCACAAGCAAUAUCAAUGACACUUCAUCGUCGACCGCUUUUCUUCAUUAUGUGAUUCAAAUGGCAAAUCAAUGCUUGGCAUCAAUCGCUGAUCGACAAACACAAUUAGAAAUGAAAAUUACUAAGAAAUCGAAUACGAAAAAGCAACAAACCUUUCGUUCGAAAUGUUUCUGUUCAUGUUGUUCACACCAACAUCCAAUCAACACCAAGGAACAAAGACGUCCAGCAGCAAAAGCAACCAACUCGCCAAAUGCUGAGAUCUGUGCUUUGUUACAAAUGCCACAAUCAAUUCCAACCCAAGAUAUGAUGAUCCCAAGCAAUGACGAAAUCUUAACUGUACAAACUUCAUUCUCAGGUAAUAAAACAAAUAGUACAAACAAAGUACUAGAUGGUGAUCUACAUGUGAAAACCCUUAAUCUACCACCACACGUCAGCGAACAAUCUGGUAUAUUUGAUACUCUUUCGUGGCCAACGGAUACGGGAGGAAUCGUUCGUGAUCAACCGUCGUCUUCUUCAUUGCUUCAAACGUCAACAACGACGAAUUCAAUAACAGAGCUUCCACCUUUGUUGAGUUUACUGUUACCAAUGGUGAACGGAACGGAAACAGCUCCGACACCAACUGCUCUUCCACCGAAACAACCGGGAAUUAUUUUCAGCAGUAACAAUGGUGUUAUCGAUGAUCCCUUAAUACAAUCAUUAGCCGCUGAACAAGCCGCAUCAGCUCAUAAUUACGAUCUCUUAUCGCAUCGACACAAACGAGUUCGACGUCCACUGCGUUACGGUGAUCAAUCAACUCGUCCUUCAAACAUUCAAUUGUUACUUGAUGCAAAUAUCAAUGCACAGCAAACUGCUGCAGCAAAUCAGCGUCUCCUGUUCAACACAACCAAUAACCAUGAUCUCCCAACUACAUCAAAUAGUCUAUUUACGAGUGAUUGUGAAAAUCCAAAUGAUCUUCUCAACGAUAACACCAAUAUGAGUACUGUUUCUCUCAGCACUACUAUUGUCAACGCAGCAUUACAAAGCAAUACAUCGCGAUUACGACUUGAUUGGCCAGAUAAUAUGUCUGAUUUAUCAUUUGGAAGCUUUCCGGAUUUGCUUGAAUCAUCAACAGCAGGUGAACUCAAUAGUUUUGAACAGUCGACAAUCACAAAUGUGAAUGAACAAAAUAAAUGUGCUUCUGAAAAUUCUAUUUCUGAGGCAUUAUAUGCCAUUAAUAAUACGACAAAUUUAUUACUUCAAAAUUAA